GGGUUUGGUGGGUGUGUUACUUUUAAAAGAGGGAAAAAGAGGAGAAAAUUUAAAAUAAAAAAAAAAUAAAAAAAAGGGAAAUUUGAAUCAUUAGAGAUUCAUGAAAUCUCUCCCGCCAAGCGCUUCCAAAGGCCCCGUGAAGUUUAGGAUGCCAACUGCUGAAAAUCUUGUUCCUAUUCGGUUGGAUAUUGAGAUUGAUGGACAAAGAUUUAGAGACGCUUUUACAUGGAACCUUGAUGUAGAUCCAGAUUCUGAAAUUGCCAAUUUUGCGAGAAGGACGGUUAAGGAUUUGAAACUCCCUCCUUCAUUCAUGACACAGAUUGCCCAGUCUCUACAGACUCAGCUGGCAGAAUUUCGGUCCUUCGAAGGGCAGGAAAUGCAAACUAAGGAGAAGAUUGUUCCUCUCAAGCUUGACCUUCGAGUGAACAAUACAGUAAUAAGGGAUCAAUUUUUGUGGGAUGUAAGCAACUUUGAAAGUGAUCCUGAAGAAUUUGCUAGAACACUUUGCGCUGAUUUGGAUAUUAUUGAUCCAGAAGUUGGACCAGCAAUAGCAGUUGCUAUCAGGGAGCAACUAUAUGAGAUUGCAACACAAAGUGUUUCCUCUGCAAGGGAAUCCAGAUUGGCGAAAAAGGGGCGACGUGGGGUUGAAAGUAUUUCAAAUAAUAAAGUGGCGAAUGGAGCAUUAGACUUGAUGAAGGUUUUUGGAAGCAAAGGAACCGUUCUACGGAAAAGAAAGGAGUGGUACUUGUAUGAACCAAUUGUUGAUCUCUUGUCAAAUGAAGAAGUAGAAGCUCUUGAUGCAAGGGAAGAGCGAACCGCACGCUUGAAAAAAAAGCUUGAUGAUCAGGAUGAUAGUUUCCACACUCCCUUACUCCCGCUGAUUGGCAAACAAGAACAUGCUAAGGUUUUGUAUGAUCAAAGAUGUUUGCUAUAUGUAUGAUCAAAUAUGCUCUUUAUAAAGAACUACGAGGAAGUUAUUAAUACAUAGUGUUUGCAUGUUGUUGUUA